AUGCCAUGGAAAAAAUAUUCAAGGGUUUUAUAUAAAACGAUGGGAAGAACAGGACUAAAAAAAAUACUUGUGAAAUAUAGAAGAACAAAAAAAAAUGUCAAAUUACUUUUUAACUUUGUUUAUAGAAACUACUACUUUAAUAAGAUUUUAAGGAAAUCAAUAAAAAACUUUAUUAAUUUAUAUGUUCAAUAUAUAUAUAAUGCUUUGGUAAAUUUUUAUCAUAAGUAUUGUAAUGCUAGUAAUAUAAAAUUAUAUAUUUAUCAAAUAUUCUUUAAUAAUAAAAUUGAAAAUAGAAGGAAAUUAAAGAAAAAAAAUCAAAUUAAGGAAGCAAAUUAUGAAGAUGUGAAUAACCAGAACAGCAAAAAAAAUAAAAAAUUAAUAAAAAGUAAUACAUGUAAAUCUAUAGAAGAUUUAUGUAGGAGUAAACCAAAUGAUCAUUAUAUUAUUACUUUGUAUAAUGGAACUCAUUUACAGAGUGAUCAUAUGAACUCUUUAGUUUCGAAAAAUAAAACAUUUAAAUGUAAAUCAAACGAUAGUACAACACAAUCAAGCGAUUAUAGCAGGAAUUAUGAGAAUAAUGAUGAAAUGAAUAGUAGUUCAUAUUUAGAAAAUGAAAUAUUAUCUUUUGAAACACUAGAAUAUGACGAAGAUGAAGCAGAUGAGAUUAUAAAAAAUUGUUAUCUAUAUAAUGGUUAUGUAGAUGCAAGUACUUAUAAAAAUUCUGACGAAUAUAAAUUUUUAAAGGAUCAUAUAAAAGCUGAAAAAAAUAGUUAUGUAAACAUAGAUAUUGAUAUGUCAUCACAAUGUUAUGAUGAACAGUUUGAAAAUGAUUAUGAAAAGGAACAAAUAGAUCAAAGUGAUAAGGAAAAUAAAAAUAUAUUAAGGAAAAGAAAGAAACCUAAACAAAAAAGAAUAUAUGAAAUAUAUAAUUCAGAAAUAACAAAUAAAGAAAAUAUGUAUUACGAAAAUUAUUUAAAUGAAAAUUAUACAUCUUCUUAUAAUUACACUAGCGAAGAUAGCAAUGAUUACAGUUGUAGUACAAUUACUGAUAAUGAAUUGGAAGAUAAUUUUAUUAUAGGUUUGUAUGGAAAUAAUUUUGGAUGCAAUUUUAAUAGUGAUAGUUGUGAUAAUAGUGAAAUUUCAUAA